CAAUGAAAAAUCAAUCAGAUUUCGUAAAAUGGGAAGAGUGUAUUGAACGUAUUAAUUUGUGAUUUCUGCUAGAUAAAAGUAAUAUUAUACAUAUUAUAGAUUUUAAGAACAUUUGUGUGUGUUUAAAAAAAUAUUUGCUAAUUUUUGUGUACUGUAUUAAAACAAUGGAUGUCGUAGGAAGUGAAAUAGGCCAGAAAAUGCGGUCUGCUAUCAAGGCUAAGCUGACCGAACUGGGCUGUUAUGUAGAUGACGAGCUACCUGACUAUGUCAUGGUGAUGGUAGCAAACAAGCGCACUCGUGGGCAGAUGGAAGAAGAUCUUCAAUUAUUCCUUGGAGACAAUACUGAACUCUUUGUGAAUUGGCUUCACCAAGUUCUCAAAAAACUACAACAAGUUUCAGUCACUGCCCCAAUAACAGUUGAAAGAGAGAAGAGCAAAGAAAGAUCCGUGUCCAAAGACCGCAAGCCGAAAGAAAAGAAAGCAAAAGAAAAAUCGAAAAAGAGUGACUCAAAAAAAUCCAAAAAGAAAGUUAAAGAAAAAGAAAUUCAUAAGAAAGAAAUCAAGAAAGCUCACAAGAAAAAGAAAAGCAAACAUCACGAUAUAAUAAGACCAAAUAUACCUCCAUUGCUGAUGAACAUGGAAAAGAAUUCAGAGCCAUCAAUAACUGAUGUCUUUGCUGGCCAGAUACUAAAAAACCACGGUGUAUUAAUAGAACCACAAAGCCAGGAUGAAAAAAAUGAAACUAAGUCUACAGUUAAAGAAAGCAAAAAGCCAGUCGUACCUGUAAUUGAUUUAGCAACAAUUUCAUCUGAACAGAAUCUUUCCUCUACAUCUGAAUCUACUAAGAUUGUGGAAGAAGUGGUUGAAAAAUCAACAGAAUCAUCUGCGAAUAGAGAUGAACAAAUUAAAGAAAUCAAUGAGAUUGAAGUCAAAAUACAGGGACUAAAGCAAAAAUUAGUGGAACAGUUGGAUUCUAUGUCAGAUGAUGAUGAAGACUUUUUAAAUAUAAGGACGGAAGCUGAUGAGCUAAUGAAUGAUUUUGCCGAUGAAGUCUUUCAGGAAGUCUCACAGUCCAUCCCAAAGACUCCACCACUGCAAAAGAAACCUACAUCACCACGGAAAAUUAUUGAACCCGUUCCCCCUACUCCAAAUCGCAGUGCAGAAACUGUUGAAUUGUUACCCCAAUUUGAACUAAAGCUACCCAAGAGGCCUGCAAGAGAUCGAAUUAGUAGAGAUAUAACCAGAAAGGUCGAAUCUAAAGAGACAGAGAAAAAACAGAAGAGUCCAGAGAGGUUCACACCAGAACCGGAACCACCUCAAAAACCAACAAAGAUUACAUACAACGAUCAGCCUGCAUCCCAGAAAAGGAAGUCAGACUCUGAUGAAGCAGGUCAACGUAGUGCUGAAAAUAGUUCUAAAAAGAUCACUUCCAGAAUAUCAGUGUUGGAGAAUCGUCCUGUCCGUUCGUCGUGCACGAGCGUAGUGCGGGUGCGCCCGCGGCCGCGUGUCGCCGCCACUGCCUCCAGCCUGCUCAUGAAGGCAGUAGCUGAUGCUCAUAAGAGCUUAUUAAAUAUUCCCCCUAAAAUAGAAGCGGAUUCACAGAAAGUCAAACGGGCCCUAGUACUGCCCAUGCGUCGGAUGGACGCGCAGAACAUCGUCAUCCAAGUGCCGGCGGGCGGUCCCGCUGCUGACGCUGACGAUGCUGACAGGAACGCUGACGUCAUAAGCCUCGAAAUGGACAGCAAUGAUGACGAGAGCUCCAGAGCGCCUAGUGACGUUGACAAAGAAGAGUAUGUACCGGCUUCGAUAACGAAGAAAAUAAAAAACACUGAAUACGUACCUUCGAGGCGAUUCGAAGGAAGGAUCUCCACGAAAAAAAACGACACACUUAUCAUUGAAACAAUAAAUAUUCACAAUCCAACCGUAGACAAAGACAAAAGUACGCAGUUCAUAGUCACUAUGGACGGUUACCAUCCGAACUCGUUUUUGAAAAAGAAACUUCUCGACGAGGGCAUCUUGAACGAUGAAGAAGCCAAUAAAACGAAAGAAUCCAAAGAACCCCCAGUGGAAGCUAACGUCACUAAAGAAGAAAAAUCAGACGAAAUUGAACUUGAACCCGCUGAAAAUACAGACGAAGAUACGCCAGUAAAACGUCUCAGUGCUACAAAAGAUGACGCGACAGAAGCCAAGAUAAAAACGGAAGAAGUACCCGCUAAAAGGAAAACCACGGAAAUGCUAAAAGAUCUGUCGCCUCCUGUUAGGAAAAGAAAGGCCUCUCCUAUUGUAUUCGACGUGUCGAAAAAAGAGAAAGUCGUCGAAAAAGAAGAGAGACAGAGAACGGAAAGCGCCAGUAGCGACAGUCAUAUCGUGGUCACCACUAAUAACACACAUAAAUACGACGCAGUUCCACCACUGUCCCAAGCGGAACGCAAGCCGAUAUGGUGCAAGGCGUUCCCGAUGUGUAGAUACGGCUCGACGUGCGCCUUCAUACACCCGCGCUGCAAGUUCGCCGCGAGCUGCACGCGACGGAACUGCGUGUACUCGCACCUGCCGGGCGCGCCCUUGCCACUCGCAACGCCAUCUGUCGCGUCCCACGUGAUCCCGGUCGCGAACUACAAGUCGAUAUCGUCUGUGGCCGUCCCGGGCAUGUGCAAGUUCUACCCGGGCUGCGUGAAUCCAAUGUGCCACUUCUACCACCCAAAGCCCUGCCGCUUCGGGAAAAACUGCACAAACAAACUUGAAUGUAAUUUUUAUCAUAGCGAUGUACCUAAAUGGAAGUAUUGUGUAUAAAUAAAAAUGUG